UCCAGGAUCGAUCUGCAAAAAACCUUAAGGAUUUGUUUUCAUUAGUGGAAAAAAUGUUGCAGUGAUUUUUUUAAAAGUUAAGCACUUGGAGUUAUGUUUUGAUCUAAUGACCUGUCUCCACUGUUUCUAAUUGGUAUGUCUACAUGAAAGGCAUAAUUCUGUUGAUAACUACACUAGUUUGUACUGUCAGUGUCCAAAAAUUUAUAUUAUAACAGUAUUUCUGUCCAAUGAUAGUGAUUGUACAUGAAUAACAGUUAAUAAUUAUCAGGUAAUCUUUCAAUUAAUGAUCCUUAAGAUUUGUAGUUGAUUAAGUUAUCUCUGAUUGAAUAUAUUUUUUAUUUUAUUCAUGCAUAAAAUGUAAAAAGCUGAGUAAUCCUGCAGUCUUUGCUCGUUAUAAGUACACGAUGAGUAUAUUAAUCCUCCCAUCCACCCACCAUCAAUUGUUCCAGCGGUGUAAAUUUUCAUUUUUCUUCUUUUGUAUCCCAUGGUAAAUCUAAUGAUACAAUGAAUUUAUACAAAUAUAUGGUAUUGUUGGGAAGGUGAUAAUCCUGUUUUUUAUGCAACAACUUCUUGCAUCAAGGAUUAUUCGACCCAUUUAUCUCUCUUCUUUUCCCCAUCCUCAAACAAAAUUUGUUUUGAACACUCAUCCCAUCCAGUUCUGUAUGUAUAUUCAACCAAAACCAUACAUUUGUCCACCCUCACUAGUUUUACCAGCACCAUACAUGCAUCAGUAUAAGUAGUAGUGUAGAUAAAACAACCAUCAUAUAGCAUCUUUAUUUCAUUUUUGUCAACAGGAAUUAUGAACCGCUGUAAAUCUAGCCUUGGGAGAAAAAUGCUGAGGCGAUGGUUUUUGCGUCCCUCAAAAGACAUUACAGUGAUCAGAAACAGGCUGGAAGCAGUGGCAUUUUUUGUUGACCCUAAAAAUAUGGAAGUAACAGCUAGCAUACAGAGUAGCUUGAAAAACAUCAGAGCUGUCCCUAGGGUGUUGAAAAGGAUGCUCCAUUUUGCAGCAGCUUUAGGAGAUUGGCAAGCAUUGUACAAGACAUCAUCUAGUGCUGCCAGUAUAGGGGAUUUAUGCAGAGCCCAGAAAGAGAAUGUUCCAAUUUUCACUGAGAUUGGAAAACGUUUCACUGAAGGUCUGCAGCGAAUAGCUACCUUAAUCCACAAACUGGUAGAUUUUGAAGAAUCUGCUGUUGAGGGCCGCUUUGUGGUCAAGUCGGGAGUUGUUCCUGAGCUAGAUGAAAAAAGAAGAAUUUACAAUGGCUUGCCAUAUUUCAUGACCGAAGUAGCCAAAAAUGAACUGGAAAAACUGAACUCCAGGAUCACCACAUGCAAUGUCAUAUAUGUUCCUCAGGUGGGCUUCUUGUUGACUGUACCUGUUACGGAAAGGAUGAUAGAAGAGAACAACUUUGACAUACCUGGACUGGAGUUCAUGUAUUUGGUCAACGAUGUUGUCCAUUACAAGAGUAAAAGCACAUUAGCUCUUGAUGUUUUAUUAGGGGACACACACCAUGAAAUUGCAGACCAUGAGACCAAAAUCAUGUUCAAUCUACAGUCUACUGUAUUGAAGCAUUCUAAUGUGCUGACAGAUGUCAUGCAUUUUGCUGCAGAAUUGGAUUGCCUCAUGUGUCUCGCCAGUUGUGCUAAGGAGUUCAAUUAUGUCCGACCAGAACUGACCCAGGAUAAGACCAUACACAUUACUGCGGGACGGCACCCUCUACAAGAAAUGUGCAGCAAUCCAUUUGUCCCCAAUGACACUCAAAGUGGAGGGGAAUAUUCAAGAGUAAAGAUACUGACUGGACCUAAUGCCUCUGGGAAAAGCGUGUACAUCAGACAGGUAGCACUGAUUGUCUACAUGGCCCACAUUGGUAGUUUUGUACCAGCUGAAAGUGCAAGGAUCUGCAUAGUUGAUAGAAUCUUUUCUCGAGUGCAGACCAAAGAAAGUGUUUCUUUGGGCAUGUCUACCUUUAUGGUAGAUCUAAAUCAGAUGUCCGAUGCUUUGAGAAGUUGCACCGAGAACUCACUGGUCAUCAUUGAUGAGUUUGGAAGAGGAACUGGAAGUGUGGACGGAAUGUCUUUGUUGUGCUCGGCUCUCACAUACUGGCUAUCUAAGGAUACUAGAUGCCCCCACAUUCUUGUCUCCACCCAUUUCCACAGCCUCAUUCGUAAGCGUCUGAUUCCUCAAUCACUUCUCCCAAGGGUCACUUUUCAGACAAUGGACACUUUGAUCAGCAAUGGCGAGUUGAUAUUCCUGUAUCAGCUGAAAGAUGGAUAUACUGGCAGUAGUUUUGCAAUGAAUGUAAUAACUGAGGAAGGCCUGACACCAAGCAUUGUCACUCGAGCUGUUGAGGUGUUGAUGAAAGAACGGAAGCCGAUUGAACGUGUGGAUACAGCUAGAUCUAUUCUACUGAGGAAACGGUACAAUAUGAUAGCAACAAAAUUUGCCCAGCUGGACGUAGAGACGGCAGAACUUUACCCAUUCCUGAAAGAUGUCGUCCUUGAAGCAUGUAAAGGCGACAUAUAAGAAUUAUGCAUAGUUAACAACAAUCUGCAGCAAUGCUGAUAAUAAAGUUUGUAAGCUUUGUUGUACAUGUAUUCACCUAGCAUUGUAAAACGCCCUGCAAAGUUUUAGAAAUUAGUGCUGGCAGUAUUGGCUACAAACCUGAGUUUAUGGCAGGUGCAAGGAGUGAUAUACACUUCUGUUUUUGUAUUGACAAUGGCUGAUACCUGAAGAAUGGGUCAUUUAUUACUCAUUUGUGAUCUUUGCCGGUGUUGACAAGAAAUAGAAAUUGUAGUGUAUAGCAAAAUAAUUUAAUUACUCAGAGUAUUUGUGUGACAGGUUCCCAAAUAACUGCAUCUUUAUACUUCAUGGCAUACCAGUUAACUGUUAACUCUUGUUGCACAAAGUGCCCACAUCUCCAUCUGAAAGGGGAUUUGCCAGCCGUCCAUGAAAAUAGGUGAAUGUUCAAUAUAUACAUUGUAACUUGUAAGCUGUAAUAGGGUAACUUGAGUGUAUGUUAAUUUAUUAUACAUGUACUAAGAACUCUAGUUAGUUAUGUUUAUAUUAUUUUUCCUGUUCAUGAUUUAUGUAAAAAAAAAAAAAAAGGCAUAUAUUUCUGCUAGAUUUUUAAUAUUCUACAGGGCACAUAAAUAGCGCCAUAGGUGUAUCAAUCCACUUGUGAUUCUAUGACACUGUUGAUCCUGUUCAUAACUUAUUGCAUGUGAUUUACUGUCUGUAACCUUUACUUCACACUUUAUUGAACUGUCUGUUCUGCUUUAUUGUCUUAUGUGACUGUUCAUGAAUCAUUUUAUUGUUCUUCAAGCAUUCAUAGUACUUUAUUGAAGUUAAAUAAAAAUUGAAUUUCAAAAUA